CAGGACUUGCCCGAACAUGCAGCUUUCAGUUUCCCUGGAGAGCCAGCCGGCAGUUCAAUCCUUGGUGCUUCUGGUUCUGCUUCUGCGUCUGGAGAAUCGCGGCCAGCCAUGACUGAACCUUGGAACUACUACCAAACGUUUGUUUUCCUUGAUAUUGAAUCCACCGGAUUGCCCAGAGACCAACCUCGCAUAGCAGAGCUGUGCCUCUUCGCUGUUCACCAAUCUUCCCUGCAGCCCUCUCCGCAGGCAAGAGGACCGCAGCUCCCGCGCAUCAUAGACAAGCUGGUCCUCUGCGUCAACCCCCAGAAACCUUUCACUCCGGGCGCACAGGAUAUAACUGGGCUCAGCAACCAAAAGCUAGAACAGAACUACAAGCCGGGAAUCAACCAUUCUUUGAUGGAGACCUUGAAAGGAUUUUUAGACCGGCAAGCUGGCCCCAUUUGCCUAGUGGCUCACAACGGUCUCUACUUCGACUUUCCCCUACUGCGUAAAGAACUGCGGCAAAUAGGCACCGACCUGCCUGCAGAUACGGGAUGCCUUGACACAUUGCCGGCAUUGAAGGAUGUGCUUAAAGAGCCGAACCUGAGCUAUAACCUGGGAAAACUCUACCAGUACUUCUAUAGAGAGGCACCAUCUGGAGCCCACACAGCUGAAGGAGAUGUGCUUACUCUUCUCCUCGUGUUUCUUGCUAAGGCCCUUGAGCUGAAGGCUUGGGCAACCUAUGGGGCCCAGAAGUGGGGGUCGAUUCAACCUAUGCAUUUCCCCCAGUCAAACAGGUUCUGAUCUCUCUCAAAAAAAAAAUUAUCCUAUCUGCUUGUCUUCCAUUAUACUGAACCAUGAUUUUUAAACAAUGGUUUCUUGAUUAAACCAUACUUCAUAAACUUCAGGACUUGGUUUCUUGACAAACCAAGCUCUUUUUCUUUCCUGGAUGUAGAAAACCGCAGCAACAACCAUGGAGAAGAUAUGCUGUGGCAAUUAGAAAAACACGAUUUAAGCCUCGAACAGGAAGAGAACACUAGAAAGAAAUUCAAUCUGGUUCUGCCUAAAUGUUCUUUUGUAUAAGACGGGGGAGAGGCAAGGAAGAAAAAUGCGAUGAACUUUCAGGACUUUAAUACUAAUACCUAUAUCAAUAAAUUAGAGGGCCAAUAAAUCUUGUGGGUCCUGCUACCUGAUCUGGACUUGAAGAGAUCUGGACACUUGGGAUCGUGUGGCAACUGUCUGAUCCUGGGAGAAGAUGCAGCUGCUUUAAUAAGUGGCCAACACAUGCUGUGUAAGGUCCCAGUGAAAUCUUGCUCUUCAAAUCUGAAAUGCCACGUGAUCCUAGAAAUUCCUUUUCAUUUGCACAUUUAAGGAGUUCGUCUAAUUCUACUUCAGAUUUUCAUCAUUACUUUUGAGCAUAAUGUACACAGUUGUUAUAAGGCUAAAAUUUAAAGAUGCGUGCAUUAGUUUCUCAGACAACUUUUCCUUAUUUUAAAGGAAAGGGAUUCUCCUGAAGAUACGGAUUUAAAUCUACUGGAUCUGGAUUUUGCAAAUAUUUGGAAGGGAACUUCAGGAAUCCUUUUUAUGUGCUCUGAAGGAAAAUAAAUUAUUGGUUGAUAAGAAAAACAAGCUUUAGAAAACAAAUCUGCCACUAGUGUUCCAUAAUUUAUUGAAGCUAUGUUAAAUUGGGGUAGAGGUUGUUAUGGAGAAUUAAAUUUGAAAUGUGGGUGUUUUGGUAACAGACUUUCCACUAAAGAUCCUCAAAUUUUGAGGAUUUCGAUCCAGAGGAUUUGCUCUGGAUACAAAUGCCAACUCACACACAUGCACACACACACACACCCUUAUGUAUCCUGAAGUAAGGUUGUUCAUAUAAGUCCCUGUUCCUCAAUUACUGCAUGUCUUAUAUUAGUAAGGAAACCUUUACAAAUUUCUGGAAGACGCCAGGUUGGAGAUGAAUAACGUUGCCUUAGCUUACAAUCAUGAAUUGAAAAGUUUAUUUUUGAAUGGGAUUGUGAUUUUAAUUUGUUUGUGGGUGAGACCAAAUUUGAACCAGGCACUUUUUGUUAUAUAUUUCAGCCAUCAUUGCUUUCAGAAGGCUUUUAACCCAUGGUAUUUAGCAUUGUGAUGUAUAAAUAUUGAUGAACAUGGAAGUAGCAUUUCUAAAUAAUAUUGGCAUAAGGAAGUUAUGCCAAACCUUCCUAGCACAGUACUUAUUUAAACUCCCACAUGCUUGUGAAAAAAAAAUCCUAAGUAAACAAAAUGUUGUUCUAGAAGUACUUCCUGCUGUUUAUUUGUUUAUCUCUUAAUUAUCAGUUACAACUGAUAGACUGUUUUCUUAUUCUGUUAUUUUCCUAUUUUUUAAAUCUUCUUUUAUUUGAUAUACUGUAUGAACAGUUGUGUUAAAAAAAAAGAGACUGAAAGGUACAAUCAGUGAACUGGUUAGUUUAAAAUUGUCUCCUAAUUAAAUUGGCCACAUAUUUUAUUUUACAAAUAAAAUUUACUUUCUUUUAAAAAA